UAGUAUCAUUUGCUUUAGAAAAACGAAAAAGAAAAAAGAGAGAAGCCCAAAGGCUUUUGAGGCAGUCUCUAUUGACGCGUAUCCGUUCCUAUAUUGGCGAAAAUUCAACAUCGUGCCUUGUAAUACAAAAUCCAAAAGCAUCGAACCUCCAAUUUCAAGAAUUCUUUCUUGGCUUCUGUCUUUUCUGGAAUUCAAUACAAUCAUCCAUUCUAUCGNAUCUAUCGUUUUUUCUCUCCCUUUUUCUGUCUCCAUAAUUUAGAGGAAUCGAACACACCGCUUAUUUUUUCUUAAGGCCUUGAUCAGAAAGGGCAUUCACUCAUUCGGGGGUUUCCUGAAGAGAGCGGGUGCCCAAUUGCCUUGCUUCUUCAUUUGCUCGCUGAAGGUCGUUCCUCAGUUUUAUUUAGUUACUCUAAGCUCCAGUCGCCACAAGUUUUGCUUCCACAAUCAGGAUAUCGUGACACUUUUGGGAUUGUCAAUGACACUUGAAAAGGUUUUUGUGGUACCAACAUAGGUUUAAGACGGUAUCAUGGGCGCAGUUUGUUGCUGCUUACGAGACGAUUGUGAAGAUUUUGCCAAUCCAAACAGCUCAACGUAUAGGAACUGUAUAUGCCUUGGAACUCUAGUUCAGAACUUCUUGCAUGUGUAUACAUCACUUUUCCAUAGAGGAGAACAACAUAUCAUUCCUUCAUCUGAUCAAGGUGCUGCAUCUUUGAGUUCUACAACAUCUCUUGAUGACUCACUGUCUGACGUUUACCGUUCUCCUCCGAGACCACUGCCUUAUGAUGCUGAUCCAAGAUAUUUCCGCUUGCAACAAGACAGACAAGUCUCGAGAAGGGAGAAAGGCUCAAGCCACUCACAUGAGGAAACUGAACCACUACAAAGAAGCUUUGACGAUUCCGAAUCAUUAAGUGAUGUAAAUAAAUGGAGUCAACCUACAUUUGAAGAAGGAUCAAAAGAAUACAACAAAUCUUCUGUGGAAUUCUCAACAGCUAAAAUGACUUCCGGAGAUGCUCAUAUUUAUUAUUAUUCAGAAGAUGAAGAUGUCUGUCCGACAUGUCUUGAAGAAUACACCGACGAAAACCCAAAAAUAAUGACAAAAUGCUCUCACCAUUUCCACCUGAGUUGUAUAUAUGAGUGGAUGGAAAGAAGUGACAGCUGUCCAGUUUGUGGCAAGGUGAUGGCUUUUGAUGAGACUACCUGAUCUUUGCUCAAGAAGUUACAGUCGAGGGUGAAACCAGCAGUAAUAGGGGAUUAUAAAACCGAAACAGAUGAAUUUGAAGUCCGUGUGAAUACCAUGUUGCUAAAUAUGUUAGCGUGUAUAGUAAAUACGAAAUAACUGAUAAACAUACCCCUGAUGAAUGCUUGAGUUUCGAUAUUGUUAUGGUUUUCAAUUUAACUUUGUACUCCCAGUUGGGUGGAUUUUCCAGACAAAGUUGUGACUGAUGUAACAACAUAGUUCAGAGCUUCUUAUCUUGGUAUAAUAUUGCCAAGGUUUUGGUCA